UGAACUUUGUCAGAGUUUAUAUUGGAAUGAACAAUAUUAUAGUCAGUUUCUAGACUAGUGUUUUGCAAACUACAUCAUUCGUAAUGCACUGAGUAAAGUGUACAUAUAUGAUUAGAUAUUAUUUAUUACUAUUUAUGGUUGAUGAUAAUCGAGCUAUAUUCAUGUAUAAGGAUGGCUCACAAGCUUGGGAUGCAAAGGAUUUCUUGAUACAACAAGAAGACUGUGUUGAUGUAACAAUUGAAAAUCAAGUAUAUAAAGGUCCAGCCUCUCCAUUUGUUGAAGGAAACGUUGAAAAAGUGGAAUUAUAGUUGUUAUUUUUUAUUAUUUUAAAUUAUUUAUUUAUCUCACUUAAUAUAUUUGUACACAGUUAUUCUAAAAAUGUCAAACUUUAUUUAUAUAUAUAUAAUUGGCUUUUUAGACAUAGCCAGUUUAGCCACAAUCAUGCCUACCUUUAAUCGCCGUCUUUUAAAAUUUGGAGCUACUCAUUUACAGAUAACCCUUCUAGAGUCUCUCUUCUCGAGUUUACAGCUUAUCACUGGCCCCAUUGUUGGAACACUAAGUGAUCAUUAUGGUCGUAAACCAUUGCUUUUGCUCUCAAUGAUUUUUAGUGUUCUUGCGUUUUUUGCCAUGGGACACUGUGAUUCAUAUAUGUCGAUUGCAAUUAUUCGGUUGUUAUUAGGAUGUUUCAAACACACCCAAAUGUUAGGAAAAUCAUUGAUUGGUGAUAAUGUACCUAAAACUGAACAAUUAAGUGCCCAUGGGAAAUUGAAUAGUUUCAUUUCCUUAGCGUUUAUGAUAGCACCAACUUAUGGUGGUUAUUUGUCUGAACGCAAUGAUGGUUUUUACUACUUGGCUUGUUCAACCAGUAUACUUUGUGCCAUAAAUGUCAUUAUUAUUGCAUUUAGUGUUCCAACCAAGAUCAUUAAGACAACUGGUCUAAAAAAAAAUAUGUUUCAUCAUUUAAAAGAAGUUGAUUGGAUUGAAUAUUGGCCAUUAUUGUUCAUGAGAAUGAUGUAUACUGCAACACUAUCAACAAUGAUGGUGACAUUUGGUUUUGUACUCAUAGAAACGUAUAAACUCACACCAUCCCAAGUAGGUUACACAUUAUCAGUUAAUAGUUCAAUUGGUGUUGCUACUGGAUUUGCAGUUGCCAGAUUGGAGCCAUUUUUUCGUAAAUAUAGUUCAUUUAAAAAAUGUUUCUUUAGUUUUAUUUUACUCUUUGUUGGAUAUGUUUGUUUGUCAUUUGCUCCAAACAUAACGUUUCACAUUUUAUGCAUGGUUCCAAUUAUUGCAGCUGGUACUCUCAUUGAAGUAUUUUUAAAUCAAAUUCUAUCGGAAACAUGUAUGGGUGAAAAUAGAGGGACUCUGGAAGGUGCUAUGACUAGCUCUAUCUCAGUAGCUCGUUCUAUUACACCUGUUGUAGCCGGACUGGCUAUGGAUAUAUAUGGAUCUAGUGGAGCAUAUAUUUUUGCUGCUUUAGCUGCUAUUUCUGCUGCAAUGUUGGCCAAAUAUUAUGAUAAAAAAACCAAACGGUCAUAAAUUUAAAAAAAAAAGUGUUCAUUAUUUUGCAAUGAAUUUAUAUUUUGUAUCAAACUGUAAUUUCCUUAUUAAAUUAUAAAGUAAAUAUAUAAUUGUUGUAAUAAGCCAAUUUUUCUUUAAGUUUUGUUGAAUAAAAAUAAAUAUUUUUAAUGUAUUUUAUGAAACAUUUUAUUCUAUUUAAAAUUUUGUACGUUUAUACUGUAAGUUAAUUUAAGUUAAUACUUUAGGAUUAAAUUCUAUACUCAACUUGGUAUGUAUUUAGACUAUAAUUAAUAUGUGCAAACUAGUAUUUAUAAUUUCUUAGAAAUUCAUAUUUUUUAAACCCAGUUUGAAAGCCGAAAAUGAAUGUAUUAACCUAUAAAUAGUAAUAUGUAUUGUUAUAAAAGCAAAAAUAGUAGUAUAAUUUGCAAAUUGUUUGUAUAAAUAAUUUAAAAAUAAACAUUUAUUUUUUUAGAUUUUUACUUA